AUGUAUGUCGAUGCUAUACUUGGCCAUCGCACGGCUCCAGAAAAAUGUUAUGUCAGUCAGGCAGCCGUCUUGAGAUUGGAUGCAGACAAAGGCCCCUUCUGCCUGCCCGAUGCCACCGCAGUGGGUCUACUGUGUUUCUUUAACCACGAAUCUGAGCAUUUACACGGUGUAUCCCGGAACAGCUUCGGCAGGUACCUACCUACCUACGGAUACACAGCACCUCCCUUACCUAGGUCCUGGGAUACGCUAAGGCAAGCAGCUGGCAGAGCACGGAGAAGGUACCUCCAGGUUCAGCAUGUCCCCGUCCCGUCCUUCCUUUCCAGUGUCAAGACCAAGCAGUCAAUCGUAGAAACAAACACAAAAGCUGUCAAGCAAACUCUGCGACCCAUCUGUCCCUCCCGCCCUUUCGACACUUUCCCGGGGCCACGCACGAUACCCAGCUCGGUGGUAGUCCAUUGCCAUUGCCAACGCCAAUGCCUCGCCGUCGCCGACGCAACAGCUGACAAGCCUUCCCCUCGUUCGCGCCAUCGACCAAAGCUCGCCCACCCAGAAUCCCGCUCCACGUUCCCUAGGCCGCCGUUCAAGCUUGACGAGCUAGCUCAUGGCUUUCGCAAGCUUGAAGGUCGUCCUACUUGA